UCUACAACUUGCUAUCCAAGUCCUGACUGAAUUUUGCACUCCCCAAGAUCUUAGUCCAGUCACAGGUCAGCAACACCCUGGGAUUUACAAACUUUUGAUUAAGUCCGAAUCAGAAGUUCUGCCUCUUCCUCUUGAGACCACUUCUGUACAGGAGUUUAAAACCCGUUUGGAGUCAUGCCGCUCGCUGGAACACCUGCCCCUCCCAACAAGAGGAAAAAAACUACAAAAAUCAUCACUGACCUGUCACAUAUCACUCAAAACGAGUAUGACUCAGAGCCUGAAGCCUCCGAGUUUGACUUGGGGACGAAGAUCAGUACACCCAAAGACUUAAUGCUGGAAGAACUGUCCCUGCUCAAUAACAAAGGCUCCAAGAUGUUCAAAAUGAGGCAGCUACGUGUGGCGAAGUUCAUCUACGAGAACAACCCUGACGUAUUCAACUCUGACUCUAUGGAUAACUUCCAGAAGUUUGUCCCUGGCAUUGGGGGCCAAAUGGUGGAUGUUGGUGGACAUCUGGUUGGUGCACGUCUUGUUGGUGGACAGAUAGUUGGUGGACAGUUAAUUGGAGGUGGGCAUGCACCUGUGCCUCCUCCCAAACCAGGAAGCUGGGGUACAGGGGCAGGAAGUGGAGUUGGUGUAGGAGGAACAGCUGGCAGAGUGGGCGCAGGGGCAGGACAGAGUGCCGGCUCAUCAGCUGAUGGCUCACAGAGUGCAGAAAGCGCUGCUGCUUUGGCAAAGGAGAAGAAAAGUAAGGAAUAUGUGAAGAUAUAUGUAUCACCCUGGGAAAAGGCCAUGAAGGGCAAUGCAGAACUUGUAUCUACUAUGAAAGCCUACAUGCCUGGACCCUGUGCUUAUAAAGACCUGCCUAAAUACAAGAGUUUUAACAGGUCAGCCAUGCCUUAUGGUGGGUUUCAGAAAGCUGCUCAGCUGAUGACCUUCCAGCUGCCAGAUGUCCAGGCAACAGCAGAGGAGCCGGAGCCUGCAAUAGUGUACCACCAUGACAUACACUCAAGACCCUCCUUUAACCGCACUCCGAUCGGCUGGGUGGGCAGCGGAGACACAAGCAACAUCCACCUCCAGGUUGAUACUAUGCCAUUUGAUGGGGAGACUGACGAGCUGUGAGGAACGAACACCUUAGACCUUCAAAAAGUGCAAUCUAUAGUCACUCCCCAUACCUGCUUUGCAGUUCUUCUAACUCUCUGUUUACGCUCUGUUUCUUUUUCUUUCUAUUUUUCUUUUUCUUUCUUUCUUUCUUUCUUUCCUCUCUCUCUCUCUCUCUCUCUCUCUCUCUCUCUCUCUCUCUCUCUCUCUCUCUCUCACACACACACACACACACACACACACACACACACACACACACACACACACACACACACACACACACACACACACACACAGUGCUUCCAUGUAUGUAAUUUCAGUACAAUAUAUUUUUAAAGUAUGCUUCAUAUUCGGUGGGUCGCUGUGUGUGAAAUCAGUCUUGAUCCGUGUCCAUGUGUCCUGAUCCAUGCACUGUUCAAAUUGGGAUACUAAAUAGGUUCAAUAGGGUUCAUGCAUGCCCUUGUUCAAAUAGGUUGUGAGACUGAAAAUUUGUUAGUAAAGAAAAUAUAUGAACAGCCAUCAAAAUAUUUAAUUUAAUCUACAAUCCUAGAGUCUUAAAGUACCAAUUUGAUGAAGUCAAUGGUCCAUCUGUGCCAUUUCCAUACAAAAUCCUACUAUGCAAAUGUGCCCCAAUGAGAUUUAUAUGUGAAUAAGUGAGUUACCAAAUGAUCACUUGAGAAAUGUUAGUUAUUGACUAACCAUCACUGGAACUUGGAAAAUAUUUAAUUAAAAUGUACUUUCAAAGCUGUUUAAUUAAAUGAAAGACAUAUUGACUUGAUGAUGAGGAUGAGGAUGAUGAUGAUGAUGAUGAUGAUGAUGAUGAUGAUGAUGAUGAUGAGAGUAUGCAACAUGUUUACCUAUUGUUGUUUGGCAUGUUGAUAAAAUGAAUAAUAAGAGUUUAACAUAACCCUAACUUAAUAAAUAUUUAAAAGCCAA